CCCCGGGCUGGUGAUGGGAGUGGAGGUGGUGAUGGUGUGGCUGGAAGGCAUCCUUCAUCAUUCCGAUGAUCCCCCCGCCUUUCUUCAGGUUCCCAGCCAUGUUCGGGCUCGGCUAGGGUCGGCCAGAGCGGCAGACAGGCGAGGUGAGGCAGGGCAGGGGGUCAGGGGGACCGAACCGCCGCCUGGAGUUGGUUGGACCGGGCGAUCCCGUACCCCCUGUGAGGACAGCGCCCGAGCGGCGAAUCCGAGCCAGGGUCCGACGGGGGUAAAAUGAGGGAGGAAGAGAUGACUAUUGGAUAAAGGCUCCCAUCAGUAAAUAUAACAUGAUUAUUUGGUAGAUAAAUGUCCAGAUUGUGGAUAAAACAAGCCCAACGGUCACUCACACCCUGCACAAGUCCCCCUCUGUGCCGCAGCUAGCUGGCUGCGUUGCUCAGCGUCUCCCUCUCUCUCUGCAGGGACCCACGCAGGCUAAUUAACGGAGCACCAGACCUGGCUCCUCUCGCCCUCAGCUGGAGGACAAUGGCAACGGUUUCUUCGCAGGACUCGAGCGUGUCCUCGCCUCCGUCCAAGCCGCGAUGUCGUUCCUCUCUUUUGUCAGCAGCAGCUCUUUUCGGCUGUGCCGUGUCUUCAGGGGAAGUUCAGAGGCUGUGUGACACUGUCAGCACUCCUCUGCGGGCUGCGAGGCUGACGACACAAAGCGCUCAGCGACGACCGAGGAGAGGAAGUUGAACUUAAAGCUGCGAAAGCCUCACGGUCAUAGACGGGAACUAGGGUGAAUAAAUAAUUAUGGGAUUUAAACAUUGCCCAGCAUUUUCUGUUUCCCCCCCUCUGACGUGUAUGUGCGGCCCUUUCCUUUCCUGUACGUCCUCUUCCGUUAACCCCCACCCUCUCGUCUCUCUCCCCGCUGCCCAAACCCUAAACUCCCCGCCUUCUUUUUAAAGCGCGUUCUCGAUAAUGAAUGUAACCGAGCACGCGCGUCUGCCUGUAGAGCAUUCAUAAAAUCUCAGUGAGAUGCUGCUGAGUGCAUCUCUGAGUUCUCCCAGCUCGGGCCUCGGUAACCCCUAGCAACAAAAGACGCUUUCACAUAUACUGAAGGCAGCUGGCGCUGUGCGCGUUUCCCAGUCAUGUGUGACUGGCUGUUGUAAAAGUCACUCAACUAUCAAUUAAACCGGACACUAUGUUUUAUGGCUGCUCACUCAGCAACCAGUGCACAGCAACAGAGUCUCACCACCAUACAGUAAGCGUAGGCCCUCUGUGUGUCUGUGCGUGUCCGUGGGUUGAACAGGCAGCCUCGCAGCAAGCAAGCAAGCAUGUCCCCGAAGAAGAAGACAAAAAAGACCGCAGCGAAAAGUCCAGAAAAAUGUCAAAAUGACGUGGAAGAAAAGCAUAGGCACAGUAUUCUGGAUAUAGCCAUUCUGCAGGAUCACAUAGCCUUACAGUGUGAGGCUUUAAGAAGGGUCCAGUCAGACAGAGCUGACCUGAGGAGACGUGUAAGAGACAUGGAACAGAAGCUGCAGCGCGAGAGACAAGACCACAGGGACAUCUACUGGGACCUCAGUCGCCAGUACAAAACCAUGCAGACCGAACUGACCAACAAGGUGAAGAAACUGGAACAGGAAGUCAGCCAACUGAAGGAAGACCUUGUCCUAUCCCAGGAGGAACUGAGUAAAGAGAAAAGUGAGCGUAAGCAAGGGGAGAAGGAGAAGGAUGCCAUCAUAGCAGACCUUCGACAAAAGCUGGACAACAUGGAGUCAGACUAUGAGAAGAUCCUUCAUGAGACUCUCGACAGCCUGAGUUCCCAGCUGUCUGCAACUCGACAGGGUUGGAAAGACGAAAGCGCAACUCUUCAUCAAAAGUACAAGGAGCUGCUCUCUGAAUUUGGCCUAAAUGCACUGGAUCUUUAAAAUACAGGAGUCUGACAUAUACAUUAAGAACAGCAGCUAUUGCUCAGUGAGAUGUGUUUGUUUAAUGCUGUAGCUACAGCACUGACUCUGUUUGAUCUGCUAGAGUGCUGUGUAUGGCUCACCUGUAAAUGUAUGGAUGUUAAUGUAUAUUUUACCAGCAGAAUACAGAAUAGGAAGUAGAUCACCAUGUAGUGGCAUGUAGCGCCCACUAGAUGUAGCAAAUGACUGCUUGUGGUCAGGAAGAUGGUGGCCACUGACACUCAGUUGCUAUUAGAGCAUUACAGUGUGUAUACUGUAUUUUAUAUGAAUAUUAGUAGUACAGUAAGUAUUUUGUUGUUUAUAUAGAAGA